AUCUUGCCCAUAAUAAACCAGUUUUCUCUCUCUAUACUCUUUCUCUCUCAUACUUCAAAAAUGGCUUCCGCCGCCGGCCUCUGUAUUUCCCGGUUAAGACAGCCGGACUCCGGCAGCAGUAAUAAAAAACAUUUCAGUGGUAAAAACUCCACUAUGUUAUAUUAUGGCCAAUCGGUUAACUUUUACUCAAAUAACAAGAAACAUGGGUCACUCUCAAUUCGAUCUAUGAACGGUACACAAACUGAUCCAACGGCUCCUAUUGGUACAAUCGAAACUAGAUGUUUUCCGGUCGCCUCUUCCUUAAAAACCGCCGCCGACCGCCUCAAUCUCGCCGUCGCCGAAAUGAAGUCCGAUUCCCCUCCGGCAGCUCAUUCUGGAAUUAUCCGUUUACAGGUACCAAUCGAUGAACAAAUCAAAGCAAUCGACUGGUUAACGGCACAGAGACACCUCGAUCUACCUCGUUGUUUUUUUUCCGGCCGAACUCAAAUCGUUUGUUCUGAUCGUUUGAUUGAUGAUUCCGACUUGAAUGGGUCCACUCCUAAAGACCAUCGAUUGGUCAGUGUCGCCGGUAUCGGUUCUUCCGUCUUCUUCCGUGAUAAUCAACCCUUUUCUUUUAACGAUUGGCGCACAAUCAAGAGGUUCCUUUCUAAGAGUUCCCCUUUACUCCGAGCUUAUGGAGGUAUCCGAUUUGAUCCAAAAGCUGAUACUUCACCUGAAUGGGCACCAUUUGGAUCAUUCUAUUUUAUGAUUCCUCAGGUUGAGUUUGAUGAGCUUGAUGGAAGCUCAAUCCUUGCUGCUUCCAUCGCUUGGGAUGGUGAUGUUUCAUGGUCAUAUGAAAAAUCUGUAGCUAAACUUCAGUCUACCCUUCAUCAGCUAUCUGCUGUUUUGGGGCAGCAAAAUGGAGCUCCUUAUGCUUCAAUUCUCGGCAACAAUAACGUUCCCACUAAGAUAGGUUGGGAUCGUGCUGUUGGUAGGGCAUUGGAGAUGAUAAACCUCGAUAGUUCACCUCUUAAGAAGGUCGUUCUUGCUAGGAGUUGCAGAGUUGCAACUGCUUCCGAGAUAGAUCCUCUAAGAUGGUUGGCAUCUGCACAGGCUGAUGGAGAACAAUUUUAUCAAUUUUGUCUCCAACCUCAGAACAGUGCAGCCUUCAUUGGAAACACUCCUGAGCAACUGUUUCAUCGUAACGAACAUAGCGUAACUAGUGAAGCUUUGGCUGCAACCCGAGCUAGAGGUGGAUCAGAGCCCUUGGAUGUUCAAAUUGAGCGUGAUUUACUCACCAACCCAAAGGACCAUGGAGAGUUUACUAUUGUGCGCGAAAGCAUAAGGAGAAGAUUAGAGGGUGUAUGCACUGAAGUAACAGUUGAACCAAGUAAAGUAGUACGAAAACUCCCACGAGUGCAGCAUCUUUAUGGUCGAUUGAAAGGGACGUUGAACAGUGAAGAUGAUGAGUUUGAGAUCUUGUCUUCCCUACAUCCAACUCCAGCUGUUUGUGGAUUUCCUACUGAAGAGGCUCGACGUCUAAUUGCAGAAUCUGAAAAUUUUGACAGAGGUAUGUAUGCCGGGCCAGUUGGUUGGUUUGGAGGAGCUGAGAGUGAAUUUUCUGUUGGAAUUAGGUCGGCCUUAGUUGAAAAGGAUUUGGGUGCCUUGAUUUAUGCGGGAACUGGCAUUGUGGAUGGUAGCGAUUCAUCUCUAGAAUGGGAAGAAUUGGAGCUGAAGACAUCUCAGUUUACCAAGUCGUUGAAUGCGGAGAAAGCUAUGUUAGUAACUGCAUCAGAUUAAUGUGAAGAAACUCUGAUUCAAGAGGAUGAUCAUGGAUGGAUCUGCAAUAGAAUGUGAUGAUAAUAAUAAAAAUAAAUAUGUCUUGUGUAUAUUAAAUUUGUACUGCAAGACCAAUUUCUACAUUUUUUUUUGUAUGAUUGUUUGGUGCUUAUAUUUCUAUUUCCAGUCAUUAUGGUUGAUAAAUAUGUAUGUAGUUGCAAGCAUGCUUUAUGUGAAUUGUCAAUGGAAAUGAAAAUCUUGCUUUUUAA